UCUAGUGUAGAAAGUUUUUGUAAAUGUACAGAACCUAAUUCCAACCACCCGCUACAGAAUGGUGUCCUUGAAAACUCUCACCAAAGUAUCUAUGUACAUAGCCGUUGGUGGAAUUACAGCUGCACUGAUAAUGAAGGUGAAACUGGAGGAUAAAAUACGCAGCCAACCGUACUACAAGGAAUCAUUAAAAUUACUACGAUCGCAUCCCGGAGCAGUACAAUUGCUGGGCGAACCAAUCAAGGAUCUGAGCUUCGAUUAUGGGGAAGAAAGCAAAAAGUUUGGUGGCGGGAAGAUCGACAGCUUUGCCGUCCCGGUUCGGGGUCAAAAGACCCGCGGCAAAUACUACUUCUGGGCGGAAAUGCAAGACCAGCGGUGGGUUAUCAAGCGGGCCGAGUUGGAACUGGCAAGCGAACCAGACCGCCGCCUACUGAUCAAAGCAGACAGCCAAACGGAGCAGUAGUGCUCUCGCUGCAGCAACGUCGUGAUUUAUUGUGCUAGGUAGUUUUGUAAGUAGAAAAUAUGUCGUUCGUUCAAACAUAAAAAAAAAACGGAAAUCUAUUCCAAUCGCAUAGUAAGGGGUGGUUUUUUUGUAUGAAUUUUAUUUAAUUUUUAUAUAUUUUGUAAUAGUAAUUAAAUAUACAAUUAUUCUCCCCGUUCCUGUGUGCAACAAUCAGGCAGCGUUUCCGUCCCCUCCUUGCCAACUAUGUGUGU